UGCCACCCUGCACGGCGGGGGCUGAAGUGCUUGCUGCCCAGGGCAGAGGGAAGGCUGCAAAGAGAUUCCCCACCAGCACACCGGCUCCGGGACAGCGACACUCACCCUGUGCUCUCCUUCCAGAUCCGCGGCGCCCUGAACGCCGUGCGGAGCCUCGUGGAGGAAAGCGAGCGCACGGGAGGGGAGCUGCCCCGCGCCGUCGUGACACACAGCAGCGGGAAUCACGGGCAGGCGCUCGCCUGUGCUGCCCAGGCAGAAGGGAUCCCUGCCUACGUCGUGGUGCCCCGGACAGCCCCGCAGUGUAAGCAAGCUGCCAUCCGUGCCUACGGUGCCACGCUGGUGCCGUGUGAGCCCAGUGAUGAGUCCAGAGCAGAGACAGCAGCCCGUGUAGUCCAGGAGACAGGAGGAAUCAUGGUGCACCCCAACCAGGAGCCAGCAGUGAUCGCAGGGCAAGGCACAAUAGGCCUGGAGGUGCUGGAGCAGGCACCUGAGGUAAACGCAGUGGUGGUUCCCGUCGGAGGUGGAGGAAUGGUUGCAGGAAUAGCAGUUGCCAUCAAGGCUUUGAGACCAGAUGUGAAGGUGUUUGCUGCUGAGCCAAGCAACGUGGAUGACUGUUACCAGUCCAAGGUAAGAGGGGAGCUGACCCCCAACCUUCACCCACGGGACACCAUCGCAGACGCGGUUAAAACCAGCAUUGGACCAAACACGUGGCCCAUCAUCAGGGAUUUGGUUGAUGAUGUCCUGACAGUCUCAGAGGAAGAAAUCAAGAGCUCUGCAGGGAUGUGCUCAGGCAGUGCCCUCCCAGCCCUGGAGCAGCCUGUCCCAGCUGCUGGGCUGACAGCUGCUGCUCUGGCCCCACAGCGAGCCACACGGCUGGUGUGGGAAAGGAUGAAGCUGCUGAUUGAGCCAACAGCAGGCGUGGGACUGGCGGCCGUGCUCUCAGAGAAGUUCCAGGCAGUCCCCCGGGAUGUGGAGAACGUUUGCAUCGUGCUGUGUGGGGGAAACGUGGACCUGAGAUCCCUGACCUGGCUCACAGACCUCUCUGGGAAAGCAGAAUGAGUACAGAGCAGCGUCUCAAGCAGUGGAAACCUCAGUCUGAAUUUGUACAGUGGCUUGUGCGCUACUGAAAAAUAGAUGAA